CUCUGAUCCAAAAGACGUAUCCUCAACGAUGCAACGACCAACACCCUCGAGCUGCUUGUUCACGAGUGACAGCUUACCUCGAAGCCGAACGACAACGACAGCGGUUGAAAGACCUGACAGAAUGCAGAAGAGAAUCCGAUAGCCUGACUCACAACCGACAUGUCCGGCAUGCCCGGCCCUCUUCGUCAUCGUUCCGAUCGGAAACCGAUCAUCAUCGCGCUCGACCAGGACAACUUUUAUUGCGGUGUCGAACGAGUGCUCGAUCCGUCACUCCGCGGGAAACCGGUCGGCAUCACUCAAAAGUCGCUCCUCGCCACGACCAGCUACGAAGCCCGAGCUCGCGGGGUGACCAAGUUGAUGAGCAUCAAAAAGGCCAAGGAGCUCGUACCGGAAAUGAUUUUGGUGGACGGAGAGGACUUGACGAACUAUAGAAGGUUCUCAAGAGAGGUGGUCAGGCUCGUCGGAGCGAUCGUGGGUGUGAAAGAGGGAGGAGAGCGGGCCGUGGAGAAGCUGGGGCUGGACGAGGUCUUUAUUGAUGUGACCAACCUGGUGUACGCCCACCUAGACCAGAUAUCCACCUCUUGGCAAUCCUCGACAUCCAUCUUCUUCCCCCUCCCGGCGACGGCUCAACCACUCACACCCGAAAGACAUCCUCCUGGGUUCACCUACAACCCCUCUUCCCUCCCCGGACACGUGCUCGCUCCCGCCUCUCGUCCGAUCGUCCCCGGUCCCAGCUCUCCUGACUACGACGCUCAAGCGUUGCUCGUAGCCGGACACCUAGCCGGGUUCAUAAGAAGGAAGAUCAAAGAACUCAUCGGGUUGACUUCUUCGGCGGGAGUGGCGAGGAACAAGUUGUUGGCCAAGCUGGUGGCUAGCGUCAAGAAGCCUGAUGCGCAGACGACUUUUCUCGCCGAACCCGUUGGUCAUGGAUACGAUCAUGCGCAUGUGUAUGACUAUCGGGACGGUGGGAAUGGGGACGAGGUCGACAAGGAGGGGGAAAUGGUUCAAAAGUUCCUCGACCCGUUGGACCUUCGAAAGUUGAACGGAUUCGGGAGCAAGACGGUCUCCACCCUCAUGGACAGUCUCAAAGCCCGAUCGAUCGCUUUCGAGACGUCCAAGUUGACGGUCCUUCAAACCCGGUCCAUGUUCACCCUAGCCGAUUUCAUCAGGCUCUUCAAGGAUCAGGCAAAAUUGGGACCACGUCUCUGGGGACUUUUGCAUGGGAUAGACGAGGAACCCGUCAGACCCAACCCAGAGUACCCGAAGCAGAUCAGCGUGGAAGAUAGUUAUGCUAGGACGAUGAGGAGGCGGUUCUGUAAGAUCAGAGACGAGAUGGAGGCGCUCGUCAGGGAUCUUUUGGACAGGUUGGAAGACGAGUUGAUGGAUGAUCCUACCGGUGGGGACGCGGGAGGGGCUAUCUGGUGUCCGCUCGACAAGGCGGAAACGAAGACAGCCGGGCCAUCUCCGAAGGUCGAGCCGAACCGCAUCUGGAAACGAUAUCCCCGUCAGUUCAGGCUCGCCCUCAGGCUCGACUGGGACCACCCAGGAGGGAGGGAUUCGAAGAGCGUCGUCAUGCCAGCUUUUGUGUUCGAUACCCACCGGGCGAUCGCGGAUAGAGCGGGCGCUCUCAUGAACAAGGUCGGCGUGGCGCUGUUGAAAGAACUCUUGGGAAUCAAGAAGAGCGAGAAGGGAGAGGAUACGGACGAGUUUGCUGUUUAUGUCAUCAACGUCGCCGCAGUCAACCUGUCGAACGAAAGGCCACCGCCCUCUCUCCUUGACGGGUGGUCUUCAGCUGCCCAAGCUCCCGAUCAAGAUUUUCUAGACUCUCUACCAUCGGAGAUCAAGCGGGAAGUCCUUGGUCGGUACGGACGACCAAACGAUCAAGAAACGAACAAGCGGAAGAGUCCGCACAACGGCGAGGAUGCCGAUAUCAAGUCAAAGAACAAGAACAAGCGGAACAAGAAAAGCGGACCAGGCUUUUCUGCGACCCAGGCUAUCGAGGUGGAUGAUGAGCCAGAGAUCAUCGAGAUCGAUUCCAGCCCGGAGAAGAUACCCCCGAAAUCCACACGACCUCGAGAACGACCUCUUGACGACGGCACGGCCGCUACGGUUGGGCUGAGCGUGACGAGCCAUAAUGACAACAUCGACGACGACCUUGCCUCCAAUGAUGUGGGCCCCGAGUCUGAUACGACAUACGAAAUCGAAGACGAUGACGACGAACCUGUGUACGAAACCGAGACCACCGAAGGGUCCCAACAAACCACUUGUGCGAGAUGUGGCACGGUCGUUUUCGCAUUUGCCAAAGCGGCCCAUGACCGUUGGCAUGAAGGCGACGAGUUGAAAGCCACCUGAAGAGGUCUACCAAUGGCAACUUGCAGCCUACAAUACGACAGGACAGUAUAUACGUCGAUAGAAAGGAGGACACCGUUUUGAGACGGAAAAUGACACGGUCGAACGAUAUUAUGCUAUGCCGACGCCCAGGCAGUAGAUGUAUCGACCCGAAAUUUGGUCAGCCGUCGCACUAUACAGUACCGAAACCGUGAAUCUACUUUUCAGGUCAUCUCUGGGACUGUCGGAAGGUUUGGGCGAGUGUUCGUGGUCCGCAAACAACAAUUUAUGAUCAAUCGCCGGGACUAACUCGGAAGCAACUAAAUUGCCUGUGCAAUUUAGUUGAGGGGCGAUGAGGACCCACAAAGUAAACAGAUGGUCGUUUUUUUUAGCGUAAAAGUCAUG